CUGUCCCAUUCCCUCCCACGCAGCGGCUCACUCUGAAGGAGGUGUUUGAGGAUGGGAAGCCAAGGCUCGACGUCUUGAAGAGCCACUUGGUGAAGGAAGGGAGGCUGGAGGAGGACGCGGCGCUCAAGAUCAUCAACGAUGGGGCUGCCAUCCUCAGGCAUGAGAAGACCAUGAUCGAGGUGGAGGCUCCCAUCACAGUGUGUGGUGACAUCCAUGGGCAGUUUUUUGACCUGAUGAAGCUGUUUGAAGUCGGAGGCUCACCCAAUAACACCCGCUACCUCUUCCUGGGAGACUACGUGGACAGAGGCUACUUCAGUAUAGAGUGUGUGCUGUAUUUAUGGAGUUUAAAGAUAAACCAUCCCAAAACGUUGUUCCUCCUUCGAGGGAACCACGAGUGCAGGCACCUCACAGAGUACUUCACCUUCAACAGGGAAUGUCGAAUCAAGUACUCGGAGCGAGUGUACGACGCGUGCAUGGAUACCUUUGACUGUCUUCCUCUUGCUGCCCUCCUAAACCAGCAAUUCCUGUGUGUCCACGGAGGACUGUCUCCAGAAAUCACGUGUCUAGAUGACAUUAGGAAAUUAGACAGGUUUAAGGAGCCUCCAGCCUUUGGUCCAAUGUGUGACCUGCUGUGGUCUGACCCCUCGGAGGAUUACGGCAAUGAGAAGACGUUGGAGCAUUUUGCCCACAACACUGUCCGAGGCUGCUCCUAUUUCUACAGUUACCCUGCAGUGUGUGAAUUCCUGCAGAACAAUAGUUUGUUAUCCGUGAUCAGAGCUCACGAAGCCCAGGAUGCUGGGUACCGAAUGUACAGGAAGAGCCAGACAACAGGCUUUCCCUCACUAAUCACAAUCUUCUCUGCACCAAAUUACCUAGAUGUCUAUAACAACAAGGCUGCUGUACUGAAAUAUGAAAACAAUGUCAUGAACAUCAGGCAGUUCAACUGUUCCCCUCACCCCUACUGGCUUCCAAACUUCAUGGAUGUCUUCACAUGGUCUUUGCCUUUCGUAGGGGAAAAGGUCACCGAGAUGCUUGUUAACAUCCUCAACAUCUGCUCCGACGACGAGUUGAUUUCGGAUGGGGAUGAGACAUUGGAAGAUCACUACAUUUCAAGCUAUCCGAAAGGUGGGACAACAGUGCGUAAAGAGAUCAUCAGGAAUAAGAUCAGAGCCAUUGGGAAGAUGGCACGUGUCUUCUCGGUCCUUCGGGAGGAGAGUGAGAGCGUGCUGACCCUCAAAGGCCUGACCCCCACAGGUACCCUGCCCCUGGGAGUGCUCUCAGGGGGGAGGCAGACCCUCCAGACUG